CUUUCCAUCUACCCCUCCUCUAUAUAGGCGUGUUAACAGACAAGACAGGGGAAAGGAAAACCAGACAUCUCGAAAGGGUUCUGGGUUCUGCAAGGGUUUAAGGUUUAAGCAAUUGAAACCAAGAUCAAAACAAAAAAGAAACCAUUUUUCACAAAACUUCCCACCAUGAAAAGAGCUUCAAUCUUACUUCUCUCUCAUCUUACUCGCCAAAAACCUAAAACACUAACUCCUCUUCUCUCCAGAAACUACUUAUCAUCUAACACCACAAACACACCCUCCUACUACUCACUUCAUUCACCUACCAAUAAUCUCAAAUCCUGCACCAAAACCAAUGGCCUUAUUAUCAAGCCCCACCAAUCCCAAUCAAACCCAUCUCGAAAUAGUGGCACCCUUGUUGAAACAACUCCUCAAAUCUCCUCUAGGCAGAAGAAAAUCAAGGAAAGAUCUCAAAUUGAAGAGGCUUUUGAGUCUGCAGCGACAGUUGAGGGCAUGCUCGAAGCUUUUAAAGAUAUGGAGGCUUGUUUUGAUGAGAGAGAACUUGGUUUGGCUUUAUUGAAAGUUGGUCUUAAACUUGACCAACAAGGUGAGGACCCUGAAAAGGCUUUAACUUUUGCUACUAGAGCUUUGAAAGUUCUUGAUAUUGGUGAUGAUAAGCCUAGUUUUCUUGUUGCUAUGACUUUACAAUUAAUGGGUUCUGUUAGUUAUAGUUUAAAAAGAUUUAAUGAUAGUUUAGGGUAUUUAAAUAGGGCAAAGAGGAUACUGGGUAGGCUGGAGGAGGAGGGGACUACUAAUGUUGAGGAUAUUAGGCCAGUGUUGCAUGCUGUGCUGCUUGAGUUAUCUAAUGUUAAGACUGCGAUGGGGAGGAGAGAGGAGGCCAUAGAUAAUCUUAAGAAGUGUUUAGAGAUCAAGGAAUUGACUAUGGAUAAAGGCAGUAAAGAAUUGGGCGUGGCAAAUAGGGAACUGGCAGAGGCUUAUGUUGCAGUUUUGAAUUUCAAUGAGGCUUUGCCGUUUGGUUUGAAGGCAUUGGAUAUACAUAAGAGUGGACUUGGGGAUUAUUCUGUGCAGGUUGCAUAUGAUAGGAAGCUUCUCGGGGUCAUAUAUAGUGGGUUGGAGGAACAUGACAAGGCAUUGGAGCAGAAUGUGCUGUCACAGAAGGUUUUGAAGAGUUGGGGUCUUAGAUCAGAAUUGCUUCAUGCUGAGAUUGAUGCUGCUAAUAUGCAGAUUGCAUUGGGCAAGUAUGAUGAGGCUAUUAAUACUUUGAAGGGUGUUGUCCAGCAGACAGAGAAAGAUGGCGGGACUCGAGCAUUAGUGUUUAUCUCUAUGGCAAAGGCACUAUGUCAUCUAGAAAAGAUUGCAGAUGCAAAGAGGUGUCUGGAAAUUGCCUGUGGAAUUCUUGACAAGAAAGAAACAGCUUCUCCAGUUGAAGUUGCUGAGGCAUACUCAGAGAUAGCAAUGCUAUAUGAGAAUAUGAAUGAGUUUGAAACGGCAAUUUCAUUGCUAAAGAGAACACAGUCUAUGCUCGAGAAGCUCCCACAAGAACAGCAUUCAGAAGGAAGUGUUUCUGCUAGAAUUGGGUGGUUACUUUUGUUGACAGGCAAGGUGACUCAGGCAAUUCCUUACUUGGAGAGUGCUGCUGAAAUGUUGAAGGAGAGCUUUGGGUCCAAACAUUUUGGAAUUGGAUAUGUCUACAACAAUUUGGGGGCGGCGUAUUUGGAAUUGGAUAGACCACAGUCAGCUGCACAGAUGUUUGCAGUUGCAAAGGACAUCAUGGAUGCAGCUCUUGGUCCUCAUCAUGCAGAUUCAAUUGAGGCAUACCAGAAUCUCUCGAAAGCAUAUAGUGCCAUGGGAAGCUAUACCCUUGCCAUUGAAUUCCAGCAGCGAGCAAUAGAUGCCUGGGAAAGUCAUGGACCAAGUGCACAUGAUAUGCUCAUGGAAGCCCGUCGAAUUCGGGAACAACUAAAGACAAAAGCUCGUGAUGCAUCCACAAACCAGCUUCCUACAAAAGCCUUGCCCUUGCCUCACAGUGGCCCCUCUGGAAGAAACGAAGAAACUUACAUCAUGACAUCCCUCUCAGCCAGAAUCAAACAAGCAUAACGUAGUCUGAUAAACAUCCAGCACUUAGGUACAUCUCUGCUUCUGGUUAGCUUUUCUCUUUCCAGCCAUUCUUUUCUUUUUCCGGUUAGCAUUUUUCUUACAAGUGGAUAUGAUAAUUUAUUAUUGCUAUCUGUGGUGCUUCCCCCCCCCCCCCCCCUUUUUUUUCACAUGUACUUGUAUAAUUCUAGUUAUUUAAGCAACACAAACACAGUUUCAUAUGAAAUUGGUUUUGGGGAUGCGUGCUUUUCUUUGGUUGUGUUUGCCUGAUAAAGACUGAAAUUACUCUAUUUUGUUUUUCAUCCACCAAGUUCUUUCUUCAAACAAACUUGUACAGUUAUCUCGUCUGUGCAUAAAUCCAUGUUAAACGGAGGCUCAAUCAUGCUUUCCAUGUAGUGUCGCCAUUAUCGUUUACAACUUUUACUUAACAUAAUAUGAUUAUUCCACGUUUGCCUCUAAAUAUUGAGUAUUGGUGACUUUGAGAUUUCAGUGUGUUCCUUUGUGAUCAGUUGGACCCUAAAAACCAUUAGAGGAUGAGAAAUUAUAGCUGUUAGACUCUCUGGAGUUUCAUCUGGCCAUGAUGUGAAGUUGUUUUAUUCCAGUGUCUGCACUUCAUUGUGAAUUUUAUGUAGCUUUGCUGAGGCAAUAGCACAUGGAAUGAUGCUUGCUGAGCAAGGGUUGCAACUGAGACGGAGGGGAUUAUAUGUGGUUACUGUAGUAUAAAAUUCACUUAGAAGAUCUUGAUGAUGAUGAUGAUGCAGUAGGCCACAAUGGGACAUGGGUUGGCUCUGUGUAAUGUCUAUCCUCACUGGGUUUGGGCUGGACUGUACAUCGUUUCACGAUUAUUAUGGAGUCGUUUCAUUACACCACCCGAACAAAAGAUUGGCUAAUUAAUUAAUUAGUCCUCAUGAUUCCAAAACUUGUAUCUUUAAUCCUUGUAUUUUAAAACUCAUCUAUAAAUUAAGCCCUUCAUCAGUUUUAAUUA